AGCUGGCUGGCCACGUGACCCCUCGAACUGUGGAAUGCCACACGGAAAUUAAAAUAGUAGUCUGGCCAGCGCUGGGCCCGGUCCAGCAACAGAACCCUGAAGGACGCCAGAAGGCCAUCGCGUCAGUCGUGGAAGAGAUGUGGCCCUUGCCUCACGCGUCCGUGCUCCAAAAUUCGCCGCAGAUGCAUCACAUGCACACACUACCGUCGAAUUACGGCGGUUUAGCGGAACAACCGUUUUUUUAUCCAGUGUUUCGGACUCUACCGGCUUCCUAUUACAUCCAAAGGCGAUCAUACGAUGAAGCUUUUGAUUCAUAUCGCAGGGCGUACGAACAAUACCAUCUAAAAUCGUACCAAGAAGAAAGAAUUUACGAAAACUUAAAGCAAUACCAAAAACUACCACAAUAUCGCGAAAACGGUAUCCAAGUUCGAUAUGUGCCAACACACAGAAUCGUUGAAAUUGCUAAAAAAGAUAUAUUCCAAAUCAAAUCACAGAGGCUGAUGCUGGCGCAGGACGAGUACGAUCACUUGAACAAUGCCUUAGCAACUUUAACGACUUCUAGAACAAGCCUGUGUUCAUCCACAAGUAGCGUAAGUACAAAAUACGACCCUGAUCUGCUAAAAUCAGAUGUCACAAUGGCAAAAAAUAGAGUAUCAAGACUAAAAUCAGAACUGGAACAAAUAAGGAACGAAAUGACUUACACCCAAAGAGGUGUAGAUACCCUUGCAAACGUCGAACAAAAGUUAAAGAAAAACGAGGGCACAUACUACAACAUAGCUGAGGCGCAAGCCAUCAUGGCCGAACUCAGAAACAUACAAAAAUCACUCUCGUCGGGGGAGAAAGAAAAAGCCGAGUUAAUGCAAUCGCUGGCAAAGUUAAAAGACGAUCUGACGCGACUGCAGUUAUCGGAAAGCUCGCCAGAUGUCUCGACGUUGAGUCUUCCACAAGAAAAACUAAGCACUGCUUCACAAACCGACUUAUCCUGCGAUUUGGUGCCGAUUGGUACGCGAUUAGCUGAGAUGGCGAAGAUGCGGUUGGAGUACGAUGAAGCCAGGAAAAAAGUACAAAGUAUUCAGCAGAAGUUGGCGGAUUUGGAGGAGAAAGUGCAACCUGGACAAGUGGAAAGUGAUAAAGAUAGAUUGUUAUUAUUCCAGGAGAAGGAACAGCUUCUUAGGGAGUUGAGAAGUAUAACCCCUAUGAUGAGAAGCAAGGAAGAGAUGUCCGACAUACAAAUGGAAUGCAAAAGGUUGGAGCAAGACCUCAAUAAAGCCUUAGAAAUGUCCAAUAGGGCCAUAGCCGACAGACUUCGCCUUCACGAGGAGAAAAACCUUCUCUUACAACAACUAAAGGAUGGUUUAAAACAAAUGACGCACUUGGAGUCCCAGCUGAAAACCCUCUCAGCUUCCACCCUCUCCGUUAGCAGCUCGUCAAGCCUAGGCUCCCUCUCCACCACGUCCAGUAAAGGUUCCCUAAGCUCCGGGCUGAGUUUUACGGACAUCUACGGAGGUCCGCAGUGCGCCGGACCGGUUAAUCUGGAAAAACCCAUCGACAUGGCCGAUUUACACCGCCGUGUUGAAAGAUUACUGAAAAGUUCCGAUAGUAACACACCCUCUCCCGUAAGAAGUCAGCCAUCUUUGUCGCCUAGGAGUUCUCUGAGCAGUGUUUCACCUCCAGUAUCUCCCAUGUACGAGAAUUUACCUUGUAUUGGUCCUCCACCCACUUACGAGCAAGUCGAGAGAGAUAGAAGGAUAAUGUCUGAACAAAAACAAAUCGACGACCGCCUGGUGGAACUCCGCCUCAGCAACCCAGCGAUAAACGACUACUACUCCACCCCCCGCCUCCAAAUACCGGCCCUGUCCCCCCUAACCGACAUUUUAGAAGCCCAGGGUAACAUGUCGCAAGGUUCCGGCUUGGGCAGGCCGUCGCGUUACUCCUACGAAAGUUCCGGCGACCCCCCCUUAUCCCCGAUAUCGGAAACGCCUCCACCCAUACUGGAUCACGACGAAAUCCUCCAGGGGGCGGCCCUAUCGCGAACUUCCUCUUCCGGUACGAACACCAGAUCCGUUUCGGCUGCGGUGAGCGACGAAUCCGUAGCUGGCGAUUCCGGGGUUUUCGAAGCUUCAAACCGGAAGAGGGCUUCCGGAGUUUUCGACGGCGAUACCACUCAAGUUCAGAUCAAAUUGAAGUAUGUCCUGAACGAAAAUACACUGAAUAUUGUCAUAGAAAGGGCGAGGAAUCUAAAUGCCUUGCUGAUUGCAGAAAAUUCUUUCGUAUAUAUUAAGGCAGCCCUUCUUCCGGCCCAGGCUCAACCGCCAUCAGUGUGUUGCACGAAAACCGUGAGGGAUCUAAAAAAGGCCACUUUCGGCGACGUUUUUAAUUUACAAGUACCUGUUAACAAAAUUUACACAAAAACUUUGCAAAUAAACGUGUGGAGUAAGAGCGAACAACAAUCGGACGUCUGUGUGGGUUGUGCACAAGUCAGUCUGGCAGACUUUAAUAUACAGAGCGUAUCGCAAAAAUGGUACAACAUCCUCUGUCUACAAGAAGAAUCCAUUACAGCACAUACGAAACAAGAAUCGGACGUGUCGGUAACACGCGACAACAAAAAUGAUGGGGAGUUUUCUUCGUCGUACAAACUGAAAGAAGAGAGUUCCGAUGAUAGCACGAUAAUUUCCUCACAAACCAGCACCUUGACAAGAAACCAAGAUUCCGUGAUACAAUCGGCGAUUAUUUUCGAUGAGUUGGCGAAUUGUUUGAGGCACACUGAGAAUUUCAGUGAGGAGGAAUCAGAUGAUGAUGAGGAUAUUGAGGUGAGUGAUGAGUGUGAGGAGACUAGGCUAGAGGUCGUUUUGGAACAUGAAGAUUUGGAGGAUAAAUAUUCAGAUAAACAGACUAACACUGAAUGUGCUUUUUAUCCUGAGCAUGCUAAACAGAUGAAGUUAGCAGCUGCUGGUAUCACAGAUGAUAAAGGCGUGAUAAAGCGAUCACAAACGUUCUCUCCGAGUGCGCAGGUGACCAAAAACCAGUACAUCUGCAAGCUAAACCGAAGCGAUAGUGACAGCGCGAUGCCUUUGUACAGGAGAUGCCACAAACCCUUCGAAAGACACGCUUUCGAAAGGCGCUCGCUUCGUUUCAGACGUCAAAGCGGUUCAGUAUCGCACCUAUCGGCAAGCAAAUCGCAAACGCACCUGCCCGCAACGGCCAGGACUUCCCUGGACUUGGAACUGGACCUCCAAGCUCAACAUACACGUUUGGACUUGCUCACCUCCGAGGUGCACCGCUUGAGGGCGCUCAAAGACCGGUUGGAGCAGGCUAAACAGCAGGGGGAUGCCGAUUUCGCUGCUUGUUUGUUGGAGGACAGGCAGUUUCAGAACUUGAUGGCGCAAGCUGAGACCUGCAAGUCCAACAGAACGCAGGAGGAGAGGAAGGUGGAGAAGAUGUUGAGGAAAGUUUCAAAGGAGAUUUAUAAGCUGCGUAAAACUAAGGCUGGGAAUGGGAAACCUGAUGUUAUUUCUUUCAAAGAGAAAAUGGCAUUUUUCACGCGAGUUUCUUCGAAUGUACCUUUCUUGCAAACUGAACAGCAUUGUCAGCAUCAGCAAGAGGAACCUUCAAAGAGAUUGCACGAACUAGAAAUUUUGCCUACAAGCAGCACGGAAGAUUGUACAAAUUGUGAUAGUAGUAAGGUUAAGGUUAGGGUGAACAAUAACAAUAAAAAUGACGACAAAGAUUUAUCUUCGAACAAUAGUAGGUAUGAUUAUGUUGUGGAUAGGGUACUGGGUGUUGAGGUUUAG